AUGACAACGGCAAGUGAUGAACCAGAUCCAAAGAUGUCACGGCUGCUGAAGCUUGCUCAGAAGUUCAACUGCUUCUACCUGAACGGUUUCAUGAAAGGAGACUGUCGCCCGUUCGUUGUUGACGGCCACCAAGUGGGACUGGUCAGCCAGAAUGUGAUCGAGCAGCUGCUCAAAUAUCCUGAAGUAUUUCACAUCCGAGCUCCGGAGCAUGGCAAGCAGAAAAUUGUCGAACUGAAUCCUGCCUUUCGGGAUUACAACACACGCUCGCAGCAGGUCGACCGGAUACUGCGCGAAUUCCGCAAACAGGGCAUGUUUGUUGCAUUGAAAGGUUGGCGUGAUGAAUGUUACGACGUUAAGUCAUCCACCGGCUCACUCCUCAAGAUGGACCGCUCGGCUACGUGCCUGUUCGGUGUGCGUAACUACGGUGUCGAGAUAAACGGGUACGUCCGUCACCCGACCAAGGGUCUCUGCAUUUGGCUGCAGCAACGAUCCGACACGAAACAGACGUGGCCCGGCAAGUGGGACAAUAUGGUGAGCGGAGGGCUGGCGGUCGGUUACGGUGUGCUCGAAACGGCCAUCAAGGAAGCGGCCGAGGAAGCAUCGAUACCUGGCCACCUGAUCAAAAAUCUUGUGUCGGCCGGAUGCGUAUCGUUCUUUUUCGAAAGCGAACGUGGUCUCUUUCCCAACACGGAGUUCGUGUACGAUCUCGAACUGCCCGAAGACUUUGUGCCUGAUAAUUCCGACGGCGAGGUGCAGAACUUUCAGCUUCUACCGGCCCUCGAAUGUCUCGAGCGGGUGUUUAUGCCUGACUUCAAAACCACAAGCUGUCCGGUGGUAAUCGAUUUUCUCAUUCGCCAUGGUAUUAUAACGCCGGAAAAUGAAUCAAACUUCACGCAGGUCAUCGAGUUGCUGCACGUACCGCUGCAGAGCUUGUACACCUACCGUACGACGCCAAACGACGGAGCGGCCAAUGCCUGUGCAACUACAGCGGCAACAACAAACCAACGAGAUCUCAUUAGCAGCAAUAAUAAAAACAGUAUCGAGAACGGUAAGCUCUAA